AUGAAGAGAACGGUCAAAAAGUACAUUAAUAAAUGUUUCACCUGUUUUAAGAAUGCACCUAAGCCAUUGCAACAACUGAUGGGAAGCCUUCCAGCACCAAGAGUAAAUGUUUCAAGACCAUUUACACACACUGGUGUCGACUACGCCGGACCUAUAGAAGUAAAGGCCUGGAAAGGACGAGGUGCUAAAAAAUUCAAAGGCUAUUUCGCCAUUUUUAUUUGUCUUUCAACAAAGGCAAUUCAUCUUGAAGCUGUCACAGAUCUAACGACACAAGCCUUUAUUGCCGCGUUCCGAAGAUUUACAUCUCGCAGAGGCAUAUGUGCAAACAUAUAUAGUGACUGUGGGACCAACUUUAAAGGUGCUAAUGUGGAACUCCAAAAAAUGCUAAAUGCUGCUAAACUUAACUAUACUGAUAUUGCUAACUCAUUGAGUGCAUUGGGUACCAAUUGGAAUUUCAUUCCUCCCGCUUCUCCUCACUUUGGAGGCUUAUGGGAAGCAGGAGUGAAAUCUGUUAAAUACCAUUUGCGUCGCGUUGCCCGAAACCAAGCUCUGACGUUCGAGGAGCUCAGUACGCUUCUAGCGCAAAUAGAAGCUUGCCUUAACUCGAGACCUCUAUGUCCGGUUACAGACAGCUUGGAAGAUUUCAAUGCUUUAACACCAGCUCAUUUUUUAAUUGGCACAUCAGCUCAUAUAGUUCCCGAAGCAGACCUAGCAGUAGAAAGGAUUGGAUACCUGGAUAGAUGGAAACGUCUACAAGCCUCACUACAGACCUUCUGGAAGGAAUGGAGCGGAGAAUACCUCACAAGGCUUCAAAAUAGACCUAAGUGGCUAAAAAUCAAGGACCAACCCAAAAUUGGAGAUUUAGUUUUGGUACGAGAUGAAAGAUUUUCACCUUCGAAAUGGCCCAUGGCGAGAAUAGUGGAAACCUACCCAGGACAAGAUGAUCUUAUCCGUGUAGUCAAAGUGCGAACACAAAAUAAUGAAUUUAAGAGGCCUAUCACAAAGAUAUGUCCACUUCCAUCAAACAAAACGCAUCAAGAAAACGAAACAAUUUAA